CACUUACGUACUUACCUAACCUACAUAUGUAAGUAUACCUAGUAUACAUAUCUAUGUAGUACUACCUACUAGGUAUGUAUGUAUUACACAGUACUAUGUAAUCUACAUCAUCGAUCAAUGAUAUAUGUAGAGAAUCGAGAUAAGCACACGAUUAUCCAAUGUAUGUGCUUAAGCCUGAGUCUGUAUAACCAGAACUAUAUCAUUCAUUAGGUAUGUAGCUAAUGCAUUGCAUGCGCAUUUCGGUGACCGACCGAUAACUUGAAUGGACGGUACAAUUAUGUACCGACUACACAUACUACUAGGUACAGUACCUACCUCGGUAUGUAGGUUAUAUGUUUGGGAAGGAAACGGCACGAACCUUGAUCUCUUAUAAAGUCUUCUAAUUCUAUUUAGAAGACUCUUAUUUAGACAUUCUCACGCAAUUAAAUAACGGUCACCGGCAUGCGACAUCGGAUAUCCCCAAAAAUUAGAUUCACAUUUCAAGCAACGUUUCUCGGUCCCCUACCUUUCAUAUAAAUAUAUUAUAUGUAUGUAAUAUACAUCAAAGGAAAAUAAAAGGAGAAGAAAAACAUGACAUGAUACGAUAUUCUUAGUGGCAUGCAAAACGAUGGCCCCUUUGGAUGUGAAGAAGGAGGAAGGCCAGUCUGAGAAGCCAGUCUCGGGAUCUAUUAUCGAGGAUCCCUCGGCUUCUGUCUCUAGUCAAGAGGAUGUAGAAGCCGAAGCCGAAGCCGAAGUCGAAGCAGCAGAGCAACAUGAUGUCCUUCAUCCUUAUGACUCCAAGGCAAACAGUACACUGGCUAAGGUGGCGAGGGUUCUCAAUUGGAUGCCACAACGCUGUCGCUAUGAUCCCGAGAACCCACCAACCUUUACACUGUCGAUGAACAUAAUGCUGGCUCUUAGCGGUACGUUCACCGUUGCAAACCUCUAUUAUCCGCAACCAAUUUUGAACGUCCUGGCCCGAGAUUUCAACGUGAGCUAUGAACGAGCUUCCGAUGUUUCUGCGUUAUCCCAGGCAGGCUACGCUGUCGGUCUGCUCUUCCUAUGCCCCUUGGCCGAUAUGUUGCCUCGCCGCCCGUUCAUCCUUUUUCUAAUCUGGAUGACGGCAACUGUUUGGAUUGGGCUAUGUCUCACGACCAAUUUCGAUGUAUUUAUUAGCCUAUCAUUUCUCUGCGGAGUUGGAACCGUAACGCCACAACUCAUGUUACCCCUUGUUGGCGAUUUAGCACCUGCUCACCGUCGUGCCAGCUGUCUUUCUGUUGUGGUCUCAGGCUUAGCACUUGGAUUACUAAUUGCUAGAGUCCUAUCUGGCAUAGUGGCUAACUUUACCUCCUGGAGAAAUAUCUACUGGCUUGCGCUUGGCGCGCAAUACCUAACGUUGAUACUACUCUUCUUCUUUCUCCCAGAUUAUCCAACAAAGAACAAGGGUCUUAACUACUUCAAAGUACUCUGGGGGAUGGCUGUGAUGGCGGUCACAGAGCCUCUCCUUUUGCAAGCAUGUAUCAUCGGCUUCCUACUUAGUGCCUGUUUUACUUCAUUCUGGACCACUCUCACUUUCCUCCUAGCGUCGCCACCAUAUGAAUAUUCAUCGCUGGAGAUCGGCUGUUUCGCCUUUAUCGGUAUUGGCGUUAUUACUUUAUCUCCCAUUUCGUCCCGUCUCAUUACAGACCGUUUCGUCUUCCUCUUCUCUGUUAUUCUUGGCCUGGUUUUCGAGUUCAUUGGCAUUAUUAUCUCAACCUUCACAGGAAGCUUCACGGUGGCGGGGCCUAUCAUUCAUGCCAUUAUGAUGGAUUUAGGAACCAACUUUGCAAACACUGCCAAUCGGAGCAACGUCUAUAAUCUAGACCCCAAGGCAAGAAACAGAGUCAAUACUGUAUAUAUGGUUUUCUCUUUUGCAGGGCAAAUCACGGGUACGGCUGUUGGAAAUCGGCUAUACGCCCGGGGAGGUUGGGUUUGGAGCGGAAGUUCGAACAUCGCAUUCGUUGGUGUGGCCAUUAUUGUUGCUGUAAUAAGGGGGCCAAGAGAGACAGGCUGGGUAGGUUGGUCGGGGGGGUGGAAUAUAAAGAAUACCGAUGUUCGUCAGACAGAGCAAAUGGUUGCAGCCGAAGCUAACAUCGAAGCUGACAUGGAAGGAGCCUUAGCAUCACUAGAUGACUCAAAAGCAUUAAGGCGCCGAGAGACCCGUUCAGGUCCUAAUACCUAGGCUAGGGGGCAUUUACAGGCAAGGAAUCUCGUUCUACACACCUACAGUAAACCAAUAAUAUAUGUUCAUGUCUAAAUACUUCGUAGAUAUCCCAGUCA